GAGAUUUUGGGGAUUUUGUAUUAUUCUGUCAUUUUGAUUAUAUUAUUGUUAUUAAUUAAGUCUACCUUUCUUCUCAAUUAAUCACAACUAAAGUGUUUUUCUUAAUAAGGUUUCGUCAAAUCAUUGAAUUUAAUUUAACUUAAAGUGUUGUUUAAUUGAAUCUCUGACAAUGGAGAACUCAGAUACCCCACUAACACCACCCGCACCAACUCAUGUAAGGAAAUCCGUAAGUGUGGACACUACCGUUAGUGUGGAUGACCCAAAUAACUCAGGUGGCGAUGCUGGUAAUCAAGAAGAAGAACAGAGCAUUGAAGACCUCAUAAUCGACGUAGACUGUGAGGAAGAAAAAAACAUUGAAGAUCUUAAAAUUGAGGUAGAUUGUGAGGAACUCGAUCUCAACCACAGAAGAAUCCAAAAGCUUGAGGAUUUGGAACCUCUCAGGUGUAUAGAACGUCUGUACCUUCGCUGGAAUCUGAUAAAAAAGAUUGAGAAUCUGUCCACAUUGACUACUCUGAAAGAAUUGGAACUUUACGACAAUCAAAUCACCUGCAUAGAGAAUCUUGACACCUUGGUAAAUCUGGAGAUUCUAGACUUGUCUUUUAAUAGGAUCAAAGAAAUAACUGGACUAGAACAAUUACAGAAGUUAGAAAAGCUUUAUCUCUGCUCAAAUAAAAUUUCCAAAAUAGAAAAUGUAAAUCACUUGAAAAACUUGAACCUGCUGGAGCUUGGAGAUAAUAAGAUAAGGGUUGUUGAAAAUCUAGAAGGUCUUGAUAACCUGGAAAAACUUUACCUAGGAAAGAACAAAAUCACAAAAAUUGAAAAUAUACAUACGCUAACAAAAUUAACGUGUGUUAGUUUUCAGGCCAAUAGGCUGACAGAGAUCAGCGGAUUGGACAAGCUCACUGAACUGGAAGAACUUUACCUCUCAGAGAAUGGAAUCACAAAGAUCGAGAACUUGGAGAACAACACCAAACUGACCACACUGGACUUGGCGCAGAACAAAAUCACGUCAGUUGAGAACAUCAGCCAUCUUGAGUUACUAGAGGAGUUCUGGCUCAACGACAACAACGUGACUGAUUGGAACUCUUUGGACGUCUUGGCUAACAACAAGAAGCUGGUGACCGUGUAUCUGGACCACAACCCCAUCAGCAAGGACACCAACUACAGGCGGAAGCUGAAACUGAUAAUCCCGUGGAUUACGCAGAUAGACGCAACCCUAGCUAGAUAAGUCCUCUUCAGAUACAUGCUGGUUCUUCUACAAUGCAGUGAAACCCAAGGGCUGCAGACUGCACUUAAAGACCAAGUCACUUACAACUCCAUUGUAUGCUGCAAACCAUCUGGUUCUACAAUUAGUUGCUAAAGACAUUGACAUUUUUGUUUAAGGUUUUUAAAGUUAUGUUAUUCGCGCAAGUUAAAACAGUAUUUAGACAAUGAGACAUUUUUCCAAAUGUUAAGUUGAGGUACCAUAUUUAUUUAUAAUAAACUUGAGAAUGAUAAGGUUAAGUGAAUUUGUAUAUCUUGUGAAUACUGUAUUAGAUUGUAUUUAUGGAUCAGCAAAUGUUAACUACUUAAUAUUAUUGUAUGUAAAACUUAACCUGUUGCAGUUGUAACUUGCACAAGUGUAUGAAUGUUAAACAGUUAAAGAGUUAAAACUGUCGUUAGACUGGUCAAACUGGACGGAUAUUUCUUAAUUUUUUAACAGGUUAAAAUAAGUUUAGCCUACGGCUUUUUUAUUCUUACAUUUGCUUGUCCACAUAGGCCUGUGCCUGGAAUAUAAGAAGCGAAGAAAGGAACGAGCUCGUCUCGGUAGAACCAGUGCAAGCUUUGGUCAGGGCUAGAUCCCAAAAAUCAAUGCAUUUUAUCUACGUGACAAUGCCCCCCCUCUAGGUAUAGCUUGAAGUAAUGUGUAAAACAGUUCUGGGCUAGAGCUAGCAUCCUAAAAAGUAAAGUUGGAGGGGGGGGGAUGAGCUGGUACAGUAUAAUAUUGGAAUGACGCCUCUGGGACGCGGACCCACAGUGCUGUCUCCACCACUGAGCCGCUAACCGCCAUAUUUAUUCAAUUGAAUUACAUAUAGUGGCAUGUCUGAUUUUUAAAACUAAAUAUGUACCACUAAAACCUGAUUAUUAUACUGCAAGUUUAAUUUCAUUUUACAAAAUUGUAGAUAAAAUCUGACAAUCAAAUCUCUAAUUUUAGUAUAAUGCACCGAAAUAUGUUAAAACCAUGUUUUUUUUAUUGUUUCUUGAAAUUAAGGAAAAUUUUGACAAUUCAAGAUAUUAUAUGAUUUGUUUUCAAAUUGUAUGAAGUUUAAUCACAUGAUUAUAGACUGUGCAUUUGUGAUUCUCUAUUUAUUUCAAUACCUUAAAAUCUUUUUUGCCAUAUUGCAGCAAAAACAGCCAUAUUUAAUAGAUGCCUUCCAGGUCUAAAGUAGUACUUUAACCCCCUAGGGAUAAAAAAACCAUAUUAGUCCCUAGGGCUUGAUAAUAGCAAUCAUAAUUAUUUAUCGAUUGAUUUAAUCAGCUGCAGUUUAUUGUUGCAUUCUUGACAAUAUAUUGAUACAGUAGAGAGUCGAAAAUCUGAACGUCAAAAAUCUGAACCGCUCCUGAGCAUUUAAAAAAAUUGAAUUACACAUUAGCAUAGAACUAGUACAUUGCUAGAAUUAGUAGUAUAGAGACAACAGAUGUUUUACAAUUUCACGAGCCAAACAGUCGGCGCCUGGCAGGGAAAUGAGUGAACAUGCCGAGCCAGUCUGUUUUGUUCGUUUCCAAUGUAUAAGCUCUACAGUUAUAUAACAAAAAUACCUAAGUACAAAAAUCAUUAUUUUUAUUUCAUUGACUGUAUCCUAGAACUGUAUUUUUAAUACUGUAGGCCUAAGUAGUGAUGUGGGCCGGGAAUAUUCCCAGUGGGAGGGAACUUAUAAAAUGGGAAUAUUGCCGGGAAUAUUUUUUUGGCCCAAAACUGGGAAUAUUCCCAAAA